AUGGACACAGCUCUGAUGGUUACUCUGGAGGAGCGACAGUCUCUGGCCAUGUCAGCAUCACCUGGCAGGACCUUCUCACCACAGACACAGCCACCGGCACAGACACAGAUACAGCAACAGCCACAACCACAGACACAGACACACCAGUCCUCCUCAGACUGUGUUCCAGAGUCUUCUCAUGAUGACAACAGCUCCACAGAGAGGAGUGAGGAUGUCUGUCUGCCAGGACCUCUAAGUCUGGAGCUGUCGAAACUGGAACUAGACCACCAGGACACACCCCAGCAGGACAGGGAAGCUGGUAGUGACUAUAAAAGUACUGGAGCUCCUGGGAUAGAGGGAGAUCUAGCUGUUACUACUGGAGGUCCAGGAGGGCCAGCAGGGCGAGCAGAGUCUGGUUCUGAUGUCUCCCCUCCUGACCCUCUAGACCCAGUCCAGAUCGUCUGUCCCGCAGGUCUCCUCAGUGAGCCAGGCAGUGUGACAUCACCAUCACCUGAUGAUGCCAAUAACAAUGGAUUGAAUUUACACAGCACUUCUCCAGGAGCAGCUGAGGACCCCUGCCUUGCCUCCAAUGUUCUUGCGCCUAGGAUAGAGAGAAACCUGGAGGUUGAGGACAGUGACAGACCUGUAGAAUCAGGACAUACCCUGGAUGCUAACCUCUCUGGUCAGCUAGAGGACAUGGAGCUGGGGUAUACCUCACCCAGGCAGACAGAGACAGACAUGGAGCUAGAGCAGGAGUCACCCAGGCGGACAGAAACAGACAGCCAGCCUGAGGACCACUCAGAGGGGCCUGUGGAGAACAACCAUGUCCCCGUCCCUCUAGUCCCCACAGAAAAUGGACAUAUCCCUACCCUUCUGGUCCAAUCAGAGACAGAGGUCAGCCAGAUCACUAUCUCUGUGGUCCAAUCAGAGGCUUUUAGCUCCAUCCCUUCUCUAAUGGUCAGUGUGGACAACAACAUGGAUCCCUUCCGACCUCCCUCCCUCCCCCUGGCCCUCUCUGAGGCCCCCUUGGCGGGGCUAGGCCUCUGCGAUCACCCCCGCAUCAUCAAACACAAACCUAGCUCCAUCACCUUCUCAGACUACACUUGUACUCAUUCUACCUGUCACUCUAGCACCGACCACAGCGUCUUCAUCAACAACAGCUCUGACUGCAGGGAGUCUUCCUCAGAGGAGGAUGAUGAAGGUGAUGAUGAUGAAGAAGGGGAUGAUGAUGACAUAUUCCCAGAGCUGCUUCAGAGCAGGGAGUUCCUGGUCAGUAGGAGAAGAAGGAGCAGCAACAGAGACAAAGUAGUUAAGAAGAGAGGAUCUAUGAGUCCCCAGGCUGAGGCACUAGUCAGCUCUGCAACCAACACUACAGCCAGCUCCCACCGCUCCUCCUCCUCUUCCUCCAAAAACCAGAACCACAGCGGCUACGAGGCAGAGACUGAGAGCAGCAGCACAGAGGUAGGCUACUGUUUAUUGACAGUCAUUACAGACGCAUUUUAGAGACACAACUGUAAAGAUAGUCCCACCUAUAUUCCUCACAUAUUGAUGUAAUAUUAAUGUCUUUGUUGAAUGGUUCAGUAGAGAUGUGUUUGAAAGUUUAUGUCAGGGUUAGGCACUGUGUACUAACUGUAGUUUAACACCAUUAGAUACAGUUUAUUCAUGUAUAUGAAUCCAUUGUAUAUGAAUAUAAUCCAGCCUAUUCUCUCAAUGAGGAGAUGUGACUGUUGCUCCCCCAGGCUGUGUAUUUCCUGCCUCCUGCCCAGGGCCCAUAUGUAUCAAGGGUCUCAGAGUAGGAGUGCUGAUCUAGGAUCAGUUCUGCCUUAUAGGUCAUAAUGAAUAAGAUUACAUGGACAGAGGGGACCUGAUCCUAGAUCAGAUGCUUGAUACAAAAAGUAUUCCAUUAUUGAAUUCCACUAAGGCUCAAUACAAACACAGUGCUUUGCUAUACAAACACUUUCAAUAGUCUGCUCCCCACUGUUUGUUGUUAUUGCAUUCUGAUAUAUUACUCUGUUGGAAUGAGUGUGUAGGAGUACAUUGAUCUACAGUGAGGGAAAAAAGUAUUUGAUCCCCUGCUGAUUUUGUACGUUUGUCCACUGACAAAGAAAUGAUCAGUCUAUAAUUCUAAUGGUAGGUUAUUCUAAUGGUUACAGGUGUCUUUUAUACAAGUAACGAGCUGAGAUUAGGAGCACACUCUUAAAGGGAGUGCUCCUAAUCUCAGUUUGUUACCUGUAUAAAAGACACCUGUCCACAGAAGCAAUCAAUCAAUCAGAUUCCAAACUCUCCACCAUGGCCAAGACCAAAGAGCUCACCAAGGAUGUCAGGGACAAGAUUGUAGACCUACACAAGGCUGGAAUGGGCUACAAGACCAUCGCCAAGCAGCUUGGUGAGAAGGUGACAACAGUUGGUGCGAUUAUUCGCAAAUGGAAGAAACACAAAAGAACUGUCAAUCUCCCUCGGCCUGGGGCUCCAUGCAAGAUCUCACCUUGUGGAGUUGCAAUGAUCAUGAGAACGGUGAGGAAUCAGCCCAGAACUACACGGGAGGAUCUUGUCAAUGAUCUCAAGGCAGCUGGGACCAUAGUCACCAAGAAAACAAUUGGUAACACACUACGCCGUGAAGGACUGAAAUCCUGCUGCGUCCGCAAGGUCCCCCUGCUCAAGAAUGCACAUAUACAGGGCCGUCUGAAGUUUUCCAAUGAACAUCUGAAUGAUUCAGAGGAGAACUGGGUGAAAGUGUUGUGGUCAGAUGAGACCAAAAUCGAGCUCUUUGGCAUCAACUCAACUCACCGUGUUUGGAGGAGGAGGAAUGCUGCCUAUGACGGUGGGAACACCAUCCCCACCGUCAAACAUGGAGGUGGAAACAUUAUGCUUUGGGGGUGUUUUUCUGCUAAGGGGACAGGACAACUUCACCGCAUCAAAGGGACGAUGGACGGGGCCAUGUACCGUCAAAUCUUGGGUGAGAACCUCCUUCCCUCAGCCAGGGCAUUGAAAAUGGGUCGUGGAUGGGUAUUCCAGCAUGACAAUGACCCAAAACACACAGCCAAGGCAACAAAGGAGUGGCCUAGCCAGUCUCCAGACCUUAAUCCCAUAGAAAAUCUGUGGAGGGAGCUGAAUGUUCGAGUUGCCAAACGUCAGGCUCGAAACCUUAAUGACUUGGAGAAGAUCUGCAAAGAGGAGUGGGACAAAAUCCCUCCUGAGAUGUAUGCAAACCUGGUGGCCAACUACAAGAAACGUCUGACCUCUGUGAUUGUCAACAAGGGUUUUGCCACCAAGUACUAAGUCAUGUUUUGCAGAGGGGUCAAAUACUUAUUUCCCUCUGUCUCUCACUGUUCAAAUAAACCUACCAUUAAAAUUAUAGACUGAUCAUGUCUUUGUCAGUGGGCAAACAUACAAAAUCAGCAGGGGAUCAAAUACUUUUUUCCCUCACUGUAGCAUUUCCCCCAGCAUUUUAAAACACAAAACUCAGAAGGCCUUGCAGGAAUUCAGACAGCCUUAAACAGCCUUUGCUUUCCCUCCAGUCCUAUUUUGACAGAGCUCCUAUGCAGGCAACGUCGGGUCUAUUACAGUAACAGUGAACUUAGUCUCCCAUUACCAACAGUAUCUACAGCUUCAUUCAGCUUCAUUCUCCUCUUCAAUGUCUAUAGUGCACUCCUCGGCUCUGGUCUGAAGUAGUGCAUUGCAAGGAAUAAGGAGCCAAGUGCAGCAGCUCUGUGGUGUUUUCUCCCAACCGUCCCCCUGACCUUGGUAGUUACCAGGCUGUGACUCCAUCCCUUCAGGUUUACUGGCUACCAGGCUGUGACCCCAUCCCUCCAGGUUUACUGGCUACCAGGCUGUGACCCCAUCCCUCCAGGUUUACUGGCUACCAGGCUGUGACCCCAUCCCUCCAGGUUUAAUGUUAGUUACCAGACUAUGAGUGACCCCAUCUUCCAAGGUUUACUGACCUCUAAAAGUCUCUUCUGGACGUUUAUGAAUCAUGUUUACAUCAUAAAUCUAUGGUUUAACUUCACCCGUGUCAGAGACACCAGAUCUCUGACAGUGCAUAGCUGUCAUUCCUCAGCUAAACCCUCUGUAGAUAACAACAUAUAAUACCAACCCUAACCCUUGAGAUAAGAACAUACAGUAAAACAGAGGGGAGAGGUUAGGUAGGGAACACUCCCACUGUCUCUGCUGAUAGCCCUUGCAGGCUUUACAGGCUGUAUGACACAACACUGGGAAUGGGCUGUUUGUGAGCAUAAAGGUUGUUUGGGGAAAGGAAUACCUGGAACUGGUUUAAACUUGGCCCUGGUCAAAAGUUGUGCACUAAAUAGGAAACAGGGUGCCAUUUGGGACGCAACCAGGAGCUCUGACAGGCAGCACUCAUGUUUGUUCUUCAGACAGUCCAUUUUAACUGUAGCUUUUCAUACUAGCCAUCUGAGGGCACCAUUGCUACAUAGUAAUCCUGCAUGGCCUAUGCACACAUCUCUCUCUCUCUCCCGCUCUCUCUCGGUGCAUCAAUCAGUUGGUUAUGGUAUGUUUGUGUAUACUGUAAAAAUAUACAUGUUUCUGUGAUGUUGUUUAUCUUUCUCUAGUUUAUAAGUGAAAGGAUUCUACUGGUGUGACUGUUCUCACCAGGCGAUAGACCUGUGAACUUAGCGGGUAACUCCUAGAAAGGAGAGUAUGGGUUUUAAGUUAGGAGAGAAUUGGUUUUAACUUUUUUUCAGCGGAGUAACCCGUUAGCCUAGACGUUGUGCCCUUUCACAUGCCACCCUGCUCCAUCUCUACCCCAGUCAUCUCCAGCCCUCUCCCUGACUGGUGAUCUGUGCCUCUCUCACUGGGUGGUAUGGUCCAGGCAUGGUGCCCAGAGUUCACACACUUAGCUCCUCAUUACCAUGUCAAAGAUCUGGCCUUGGGGUUUACAAUGUGGCCAAUUUGCCCUGAUGAAGUUAUCGUCCCUCUCACAUUUAGCUUUCCCCUGAAGAUAACACUACUGUCUGUCUCAUACCGACAGCAUUGCCAUGGCAUCAGUGUUUCUCACUAUUGAUGGGGCCAGAGAAUGGAGGUGAAAGGAAUCAUGGUUAGUGUCUCUCUCAGCUUCAAGCGUUCUCUGGAAUUCCGAGGCAGACAGGCAGCACUGUGUGUGGCUGUCAGAGAGAAGAGAGACAGUGGGAGACAGUGUGUUCUAGAUAUAGCACAGAGAGACAGACAGACAGACAGACAGACAGACAGAUUGAGGAGUUUCCCCUGUCAGAGGUCAACCAGUUGACCCUAGGUGGACUGACUUCUGCUCUGAUCACUAGCCCCCUACUAGUAACAUCUUUAUGUUGUAGGAAUUCUCUACAUGUGUUAACACCUCUAGAUGCAUUAAGUGAGUUCCCUGUCUCCACAUUGAUUGUUGUUUCUCACCAAUUGUAUUUCCUAUAUUUUCUUGUCCAUUCCCAUUUUGUUUUCAUUCUGAUGAAGGCCAUUGACAGCCAAAACGUCAUGGCUUUAACUUGAACUAGAAUAAAAAAGCAUAAAGAUUUUAAUUGUGAGGGAAAGUCGCACCUAUUUACUGUAUGUUGUGAGAGAGACUCACUGCCUCUACAUUGAAGCAGGAAGAACAGGAGGCCAAUUGGAGGGUCACACCCAUCUCCACCCAAGGAGCAUGUAGAAAGAGCUGGAGGCACAGGGGCUCCUGGGGACCCUAACAGACAGAACACAGAGCCGGGGGCCAGGGCCUUCCAGGGACUCCAACAGACAGACAGACACACUCAGAACACAGAUGACAGUUCCACAGUUUAAUUCCAGGAAAUGAAUGAAUGGCUUUGUUGUCGGCUGCUUGUCUUCUGAGUCACAUUGUUGCGCAACAAGGGUCUCAAAGAGAGAGAGAGAUCGUAACCUCCAGAUCCUCUAACACAGCUCAUGUUUGUCUCUGUAUGCAUCCCAAAUGACACCCUAUUCCUUAUAUAGUGCCUAUGGGUCCUGGUCAAAAGUAGUGCACUAUCAAGGGACUAGGGUGCCAUUUGGGAUGCAUCCAGAGACAAACAUGAGCAGUGUUAGAGGAUCUGGACUGGAGGUUAAGGUCUGUGUUACUGCGUGAUGGCUGCUGAGAACUAUGUAGUGAAGCUAUCACAUUUCCAUCUAUGGUGGUCUGUACUGUUUACUGCUGUUGAUGUUCACUCUGACAUUUAUAAAAGUAUUUUUCUGCUUCUCUAAUGAUCUCUUAAAUGUAUUUAAAGUUUCUAGUUGUCACCUGGUGCUCAUAACCUUCUCCAACUGUCUGAACUGUUUCAACAUUAUUAUCCAGAGAAUGACAUCGUAACUCUCUGAAUGAUUUCUUUUUUUCCUGUCCAACUACAGAGUAGUGAUUGUUGUGGUCCUAUUUCAUUUACCGUAACUUUGUUCCUGAUAACUGCACGCUCUGGUUUAGUACAUGCUGUCACAAUAGUCUGUUUCUGCAGACUCUAUAGGUUUCUCCAGUGCUGUCUAAUCACACCCUCUCCCCCCUGACUUUCUCUUCCUCCAGGAGUCUCCCCUGGUCCAGCCUCAGUCCCCAUUGUGUGAGUCUAUGAGCCAGCUGAUGAGGAAACUGGACCAGCUCAACCUGGACAUAGAGGAGGCUCUGAGUGUAUCCUCCUCCCCCUCGGACACACCCUGCACAGCACGCAGACAACAGGUCAGUCACACAAACACACACACACACAAACACACACACACCCCGCACUGCACACAGACAGACAGCAGGUGACAUGGCCAUGUUAAUUGAAAUGCGAGCUGUGUACUAACCAGUGAUACAUAUGGGAAAUGUAUACAUUCCUCUGCAGCCUGUCAUGAUGGCACAUGCUUUUUCAUGCUCUCUGCUGUCUAUAAUCAAUUUCCAGAGCUUUGUGAAGAGGAAAUCCUGAUGGAUUAUUGUUAUAGUCAUUCAACAGGUGUCUAACAGGACUAUACGUCCAUGCUGCUAUAUCAUAUACUGUACAUUACACAUACAUUCACCUAGCUAAGCCACUGACCCAGACAGAGAGAAGACUAGACUCAGGAUGAGUCCCAAAUGGCACCCUAUUCCCUUUAUAGUGCAAUACUUUUGACAAAAGCCCUAUGGGUGCCAUUUGGGACGCAGCCUCAGAAGCUUGUAGGUCUGGGAAGGACUGUUCCGUCAUAAGCCAUAAGGAUAACUGUGAUAUAUGUUGAUAUACAUACAGCAUGUUGUCAUACAGUGGAAGCUGUCUGUCUGGGACACUAUGGCCAUUGUUAGGCUGUCUUUGAUUCUGCUUCUCUGACUGCUGCUGGCAUCCAUUUUAUGAUGUGAGAGGAGGGAGCUGGCUGUUAGAAAAGCUGCUAUAGUGUGUAGUGUGUCUAGCAGUAGUCUGGCCAGGGUGGUGGGCCAAGCGGGGCAGAGACAGACAAACAGCCAUUGUGUGGAGAUGUUGUUACCGGGACCUUGUAGCUCUGGUCCUACAGAAGACUCCUCUCAUGGAGGCUUGCAUCAUGACAUACCCCAGCAGUUAGUUAGCAGGGGGCAACAACAGACAGAGGCCUGUAUGGUUCUGUAUGUGAUCAGCACACAGACAGAGGUCUUGUUGUGUGGGUAGAGGAGGUUGUUUGUAUGAUUGAGCAUGUUAGGAAUGGUUACAGAGUGGUUAGCAGAGGGGUACAUGCCUGCAGGCAUCACAUCAGCAGCCAUAACACACAUUCACUGAGACAGCUUUAACUAACGACAGCCAGCCGCCGGUGGAGGAGAUCACACGACAUAUUUACAAGGUCCAUUGUCCUUUCAAAGGACGAUUAACACAUGAUACAGGCUGCCUUGUCACUGUCUGUUACUGUCUGUCCGAUAGAACUGGAACUGAAGACUGCGUUCCCUGCCACUGACCAUCCCAGAGACAGACUGACCGACUGACCGACAGACAGGCAGACAGACAGGCGGACAGACAGGCAGGCAGGCAGGCAGGCAGACAGGCAGACAGACAGACAGACAGACAGGCAGACAGGCAGGCAGACAGGCAGACAGACAGGGAUCCAGUGUUGACGGUUAUUGUUGUGCUGUUGUUGCAGUAUGGAGCUGUGUCUGGAACGGCAGUAAACCAAUCUCUUAACGAGGAGGACAGUACACUGCUGCAGCGAUGGGAACCAUACACCGGAGAAUGUCCCAGACAGGACCAACACAAGACCUUGGCCCCUCGUAGCUCAGCUGAAGGAACCAGAGCCAGGACCAAGAAGACAGUCGUAAGUUCCUCUAAGGCUCUCCCUCCUCCUCUCGACUCUUGCAUACCCUGUGCC